AUGCUCUCGUCUUUUUAUUUUGUGUUGCUCAAUGCCUUGAUCGCUUUCGUCUCUGCGGGCGCCGACUACAGCGAGCGCCUCCUCCUGCGACCCCUUCCCCAGAACACCCUUCUGGCCUCUUUCAACUUCCGGAGCAACGAAAGCGCGACUGCAUUCGAACAACAGAACUUCCGAUACUUCCCGCGAUCUUUUGGACAGAUUCUGCAACAUGCGCAUACGAGGGAGCUACAUUUAAGGUUCAGUGUUGGAAGAUGGGAUGCUGAGAAUUGGGGACAGCGGCCAUGGAACGGCGCAAGAGAAGGAGGGACUGGCGUUGAACUGUGGGCUUGGGUAGAGGCUGAUACUGAGGAAGAAGCAUUUGCACGAUGGCUGAAGCUUACCAACGCUCUGUCAGGCCUCUUUUGUGCCUCGAUCAACUUCAUCGAUGCCACCAAGACCAUACGGCCCGUCAUGUCAUUCGACCCCGAAGGCCAACACCGUAACUCGUCCAACCUUCACCUCCUCCACGGCACGCUACCGCACGAAGUCGUCUGCACGGAGAACCUUACGCCUUUUCUUAAGCUACUGCCCUGUAAGGGUAAGGCCGGUGUAUCCAGCCUACUGGACGGACACAAGUUAUUCGACGCUUCAUUCCAAACCAUGGCCAUCGAUGUACGCCCGACGUGCGAAGAGGGUAGCUCAAGCUGCUCAAUAGAGAUGGAGCAAAGCGUAGACAUGGUCUUGGACAUUGCGCGAGCCAAGCGACCCAGAGACAACCCUAUUCCGCGACCCCUACCCAUCAAUCAGAUGGAAUGCGAUACGUCCAAGCCAUACAACGGGCACGAUACCUGCUAUCCCCUGAACAAGGGCACCGAGCCCGCCUGGACACUGGAGGAGGUCUUCGGCAGACCGCUCAGGGGGGCCUGUCCGCUGGCAGAUCAGGCUGAGGGAGAGGCGAAUAACGUUUGCAUCAACUUGCCACCGGAGCGCGAGCUCGAGGUCAAGACAACAGGAGAGUUCACAGAGUCUAGACUGGCAUCAGACACCCUCCGAUGCUACAAGCUCCCCGUCGGCGAAGACCUCGACCUCGUUCUACCCGAGCAGAAAAUGAAAACCGGUCUUGUCCGUCCCGAUCCUCUAGUCUUCGCCGCAAGAUCCAUCAACGGUCACGGCCAGGAACGCGGUAGUACACAGUCCGUCAUCAAGAACCCGUCUACCACCGACGCAGUCGAGAUAGUAUACCUAGAGUCUCUACCUUGGUUCAUGAAACCAUACCUUCACACGCUCCAAGCCCGCGUCGACACCACAGAUGAAAGCCCCAUAAAAGAGACCUACUACCGCCCAGCCGUCGACCGCAAGCGCGGCACCCACCUCGAGCUACGCAUGGUUAUCCCACCAGCCUCCACUCUCACACUCUCUUACGACUUCGAGAAAGCGAUUCUGCGCUACACAGAAUACCCGCCAGAUGCGAAUCGAGGCUUCGACGUCGCACCUGCUGUUAUCCGUAUUCUGUCGCCGCAGUCAGGAGAUAACAAGGGUAUCUACGUUCGCACGACUUCGCUGCUACUUCCUCUUCCCACGCCGGAUUUCAGUAUGCCGUAUAACGUUAUUAUCUUGACUAGUACGGUCAUGGCGUUGGGCUUUGGCAACAUCUUCAAUCUACUUGUGAGGCGCUUUGUGGGCGUGGAUGAAGUGCCUACUAUGGGUGCUGGGGGGCUGAAGGGUAUUAUUAUCGGGAAGAUAGCUAGACUUAAGGGCCUGUUGGGGAUGGGUUAA